CGUCUUCCCCCGCUCUCUAUUUCCAGGAGCCGGUGUUAGACGGAGGCUUUAGUACGCAUUUCGUUUAUCGGUUUAUCUCGCUCAUUUUUACUCAACUGUUUACAAAACAUUGCGGGGAACAGCCGCAGUUCACGUUAGUUUUUCACCCCUUCGCCUGGACUAAGUUUCUUUUGGCUAUAUUUUCCAAAGGCUUUUUGUGUGUGAGUCUUCGGAUGAAAGGAUCCCUACCGCAUUUUUGUUCCUGCAACGUGGACUCCAAGCUCUUCACGGGAGAGUCGCACUGUCGGAAUAAAGCUGCUCCUUCUAGCGAAACAAAAACGUACGAAAAGCACACGUCGCUGACCUGCGGUGGAUAUUAAAGGAAUGCUGCUCUCCAAGCUCAAUUCUCUGGCCCACAUCUCCACAGUAGACAUGCCGGCGAAAAUCCAGCUCCAGGUUCAUCAAGUGAAGGAGAGAGAGCCUUUUGAGAAGCUUUAUCAGGUCGGCGCGGUGCUGGGCAGCGGCGGCUUCGGCACCGUCUACGCCGGUACGAGGAUCGCUGACGGAGCUCCGGUCGCUGUCAAACAUGUAGCCAAGGACAGGAUCUCGGAGUGGGGAGAGCUGCCUAACGGCUCCCGGGUCCCCAUAGAGAUCGUCCUGUUGAAAAAAGUCGGGACGGGCUUCCGCGGCGUUAUCAAGAUGCUGGACUGGUUCGAGCGGCCGGACAGCUUCAUCAUCGUAAUGGAGAGACCCGAAAACGUCAAGGACUUGUUCGACUUUAUCACAGAGAAAGGUGCCUUACCGGAGGACCUGGCGCGGAGCUUUUUCCGCCAGGUGCUGGAGGCCGUGCGGCACUGCCACAACUGCGGCGUGGUGCACCGGGACAUCAAAGACGAGAACAUUCUCAUCGACCUCCGCACCGGGGAGAUGAAGCUCAUCGAUUUCGGCUCCGGAGCCCUGCUAAAGGACACCAUUUACACGGACUUUGAUGGCACGAGAGUGUACAGUCCUCCAGAGUGGAUCAAAUAUCAUCGCUACCACGGGCGCUCUGCCACAGUUUGGUCCCUGGGUAUCCUGCUGUAUGACAUGGUGUGUGGGGACAUCCCAUUUGAACACGAUGAGGAGAUCAUAAGGGGGCAGGUCUUAUUCCGGAGGAGAAUCUCCUCAGAAUGUCAGCAGCUAAUCAAGUGGUGUCUGUCUCUGCGGCCAGCCGACCGCCCGUCCUUCGAGGACAUCUUCAACCACUCGUGGAUGCAGAGCACAUCCUCCUCUGUAGUGCCAUCCUCGGUGCAGACAGAGAAGCCGACCACAGAAAUCAGGCUGCACAGCAUCAGCCACGAGCCCUCAGCCUUCACACCCACCCCUGUGGCUGUGGCUCGGUGAUGGAGGCGAACAGUUUGAACUUGGCUGCUCUGGUCCAAACUGGACUGCACUGAUGCAUAGACUUGAAACGGAGUGGAGACGAACAGUAGCCACCACACGCCAGAAUAAUGCGUAAACGACUACACGCAUCAAAAACCAUCAUCUGGUAGAUUCAGCCUGGUGGGUCAGACUCUCUCCACCCUCACAGCCCGAGCUACUUGAGUUUCCCAGCCGUCGAUGUCAUGACAGCAUCCUCGCUGGACUCUCGACUCUAGGCAACUGGGUGCCCAUGAGUCUGCAGGAGAGUAUGCUCUGGGUGUACCUGCUCUGAGCAAACAGCACACCUGUGGCUGUUGUGCUGAAUGGCAAGAGGACAGAGAAGCUCUCACUGCACUGCUCUCUCUCUCCCUCGAGAUCACAGCAACGAGGGAAGAGCAGAGAGGCUGGUGAAGAGAAGCUUGACCUUUUUUUUUUUUUUUUUGUAAGUGCCUUCUGUGAGGUUGUUGGGGGUAGACGCCUGAAAAUACUUGAAUUUAUGAAAGCAAGAAGGCUUUUUAUCAAAGGUCUUUUCACUCUGUUCUCUGUACACAGCUUUAUAGCGUUUAUUGCUGUUAUUGUUUCCCUCUCGUGGGCCUAGAUCAGUAAAGCCUAUGCCAUUUAUAACCACUACUAUCACUAUUUCUACUACUCCAAUGUCAUUAGCAACCAGACAACCUCAUAGCUCCGGCAGCAACCUGUGCAAACAAGUCAUAAAAAAAAAAACACUGGACUUACCUCACUCUCUUUACUACAGCAUCCACCUCUACUCUACAACCUCUGCUUCCUCCUCCUUCUCGUGUUGUACUGUAUACAAACACAAAGCUUAGGCAACCGCUCAUUCACACCCACCUGAAUGCACACCACAAUGCAAAACCAUACUUCCUCUGCUCCUCAGUUUGUUUGUUUUGGGGGGGGGGGGGGGGGGGGUUGUUUUUCUUAUAACCGGUGCCUCAUGUAGGUCUUAAAAAAAUGCUGGGGACAAGAAUUGUAAAUAAGAACGAUAUUUAUUAUUGCCGUGACUUCUUUCACACACUCAAUGAGGAUUUUUGUUUUGUUUUUUUUUUUUGUUUGUUUGUUUUUUUGGUCACAGAACUUAUUUAUUUAUUUAUGAGAGAAUGUCGGCUGUUUGUGCGCAUGUACUGUUAUUUUUUUUCAUUCCACCAUCACUGAAGGGCCCACAUUAUUUAAACAAAACAGAUGAAUUGUUUGUUUUUGUGACCGUAUUUAUAGCUUGAAAAAUCUGAAAAGAGCAGAUGUGUAUGUCUUGUAAAUAACAUGUAAAUAGUCCCAAAAGCACUUCCAUCCUAAUGUAUGUAAUCAUCCAACGUCUACUGAUGGUAACUGGUUUUGUUGCGCUGUUGUCUGAGUGAAUGUUGGAUGUGUGUGUGUGUGUGUGUGUGUGUGUGUGCGUGAGUGAGUGUGUGAGAGACUGAGAAGACUUUUCUGGCUGCUUGAUUGUAGCUUGAAUUUUUUUUGGGGGGUUCUUUUUUUUCCAUCUAUUCAAAUUAGAAUUGUAAAUUAUGAUAGAAGCUAUUUUUAUACAAUUUCAAUAAAUAUUUUUUUUAACUAUGA